CCACUAAGCAAUGCCACAUCAGUUCGACAGUCGUCGUGUUUGUGUUUUUCAACCGAGUCGCGUUUAUAUAUUCCAAAAAAAAAAAUGUUUCUAUUAUUCAUUAAUUAUAAAUUUAAUAAAAAUUUCACAUUAUAUUUAUAAUAGUGUGUAAAAAAAAUAUAAAUUAUUAUUCUAAACAAUAAUUUUAAUAAAUCAAGUGAAAGUAUAAAAAAAAAUGUUGUCAUGGAAAUAUCAAACAAAAUUAUUGGAAUAUUGGGAAAUAUUUGACGCUUGGAAAUUUUGGAAGACGCGAAUAAACGAGAUGUUUGUAAUUGAAAGUCAUAUACACGAAGUUAUUUUACACACAGAUAAAUGUAGUAUAUUGCUAUUGUGUGUAUAUAUGUGUGACCAAUAAUGUAAUACAGUGGAAGUGAAUGUCGUCUGUUUGAAGUCAACGUAAACCUCGUAUAGAACGUGUAAAUACAAACGUGUAAACUUCAUCGAGAAAUACCUACAAAUUUUGAGAAACCCCUUGAAUUUAAUUCAAGCGUUUUCUAGAUAUAAAGGCUUUAUACUGAAUUCAAAUUCAAAUAUAAGCCGUGCUGCAAUUAACUGUGAUAAUAGUCGAGCUUUAUACCAAUCCAAAGAGUUGGAACCAAGAAAAAAAAAUUAUAUAAUUGGCCAAAGAUGUUAAAACUUUGUUGAAAGAUUAAUAGAUAUAUAUUUAUCUAUAAUAUUAGUUCGAAAAGUGUAAAAUAUCUAGUAUUAACAAGAGAAAAAUAAAAACAAAAAAAAAUUAAUUCUCUAUCAAAAAAAUAAGAAAUAUAAAAUAAAAACAGUCUCCAAAUGAAAUUCCGAAAAGACUCGUCUUCCAGUCCAAAGAUGGAUCUGCUAUCACGUCGUUCAUCGACCGGCAGAUUGUCAACAUUCAAAAGAACAAAAUCAUUUCGAGCUUCCGUUAGAAUAAUGUCAAAAAUUCGUAAUCACACAAAUCAAAAUCAAUCAACAAUUUCUCCACAAGUAAAAGAAUCUGUAACCAAAACAACAACUCAAUGGACACUUCCAUUUCUACAAAAAAAACAACAACAACAAUCAGAGUCUGAUAAAAAAAAUAAAACACAAGAGAAAAUCGAUACAGAAAAACAAAAUAUUGAAUUAACAUCAUCUAUUGAAUCAAUUAAAAUAGCCAAGGAUCUAAAACAAAAAUUAUCCCUCACUAAUCGAAUAAUGGGAAAAAAUCGAAAAGUCACACAAAAUAAUAAUAAUAAACAUAAUAUCAAUAAGCAUGAGCGUCAAGAGACCAGUAAAUCGACUAGUGAACAACUUGGAAAGUCUCAUUAUUCUCAGGAUACGAAGAAAAUAUCUGAAAAGAGGGAGUAUCCGGUUUAUCCAACUGGAGAAUACAAUUCCUAUGAGAACCCUACUUUCUGUUUAGACAGCUCGAUCGAUUCUUCUGUUAACGAUUUUUUUUUCCCAGUAAAAUCCGAUGACAAGAACAAUUUAAACAAUGAAAAAAAAUUCGAAUUGAAAAUAAAUGAUGAAAAGUUAAAAUCAUCAACGGAAACACUCACUAUUUUAGUUGAUUCCAAAUGUGAUAACGAGAUCAACAAUCAACAUUUUAAAAGCGAGGAAAAAGAACAAAAGUACAAUAAUUAUCGGUCAAUAAAUGAUGAGGAAAAUGGAAAAUCAAUUGUUUUGCGAAAUAAUAAUAAUAGUAGUAGAAUAAAUAAAAUUAAUGAAUCUGAAUAUGACAAUACACAAUAUGAAUUAUGUCGUGUUGAUGUGCCUCUUUGUGAAAAAGUUACUGUCAAUAAUUCCAAGUUUUUAAGACCAAGAACAGUCGAUAAUAUAACAAACUUUUGGAACGGAGGUCGAAGCAGUUUCCGAGUUAAAAAGAUUAAUCAUAAAAAAGAAGUACAAGAGUCCAAGAAACUGGAGUCCAUCAUCCAUGACCGCGUUUCGAUGACAACCACUUUGGGAUCAAAGCUGCAAUCGCAACAAGGGAUGGAUUUCCUUGAGGGAUUUGGAAAAAAGAAAAAUCAACAUCAUCUGAACAAUUUGUCAUCAAUUCACAUCAAUCCACUCACGGCACAACCUUCCCUCAAUAUUCACUUGCAUGCUUUGUUUGCAGCAGUUGAACAUGGUUAUUUAGAUAAGGCAAGGACUAUUUUGGAGUCAACUGAUGUAGAUGUAAACAGUGUAAAUAGCGACGGUUUGUCUCCACUGGACGUGGCAGUCUUGAGUAACAACAGACCUUUAGCAAAAAUGUUGGUUACAUUUGGAGCACAGGAAGGCAAUCAGUUUAAGUCACCAGAUUCGUUGGGAAGUCAUUUGGCAUCAUUGCUGUCAGAGGCAGAGCGACGAGUUCAAGAACUAGGAGGCAGUACUUCUGGAAGUAGUGGAACAACACUUCUUGAACCACUGAGUCAUAGGUCCAGUUUUUCAAACCCACACAAUAAUCUGACAGGAUGUGGCGGAAAUACAGAAGACAAACAACUAGCACUUUGGGAAAGGAGAGCACGAGCUUUAAGGAAAAUGUUACUUGGUUUUGAUCAAGCGAGACCGCCGGAUAAACCGUACUUGGUAUCGGUAGACGUCACGGGAACAACUUCCGUCAUAGCCAGGUUUCAAGAAUCUGAUUCGCAUGAUUCCGCAAUUUGCACAAAAUUCAAAGUUCAGUGGAGUGUGAAAGACGAUUUCUCAGUGGUAUGCGACGAGAAGGAAGUUUUAGACAUGAAACAGAGAGAAUGUAGAAUCGAUGGCCUUGUUCAAGGUCAAAAAUAUUAUUUUAGAGCAGCUGCUGGAAAUUUGAAAGGUUAUAGUAAAUUUCGACCUUCGACACCGGCUUAUGUAACACCAAGUAGUUGGCGAGACAUUGACGGAAGGGUGCCAAGGUUCGCUGGCCGAUUGGAGCAAUUAGAUACCCUUUUCACUGAUAUACGUGGUACGGAAUACACACAAGAGACACCGGCUGUACAAAGGCGUAAUCAUAAGAAAAAAACAACGAUAAAACAAUUAUUCACAGCGACAAGUAAAUUUCAAAAAAAUCUUCGACGUGGUGUUUUUCUUGCUUGUUUACUUUAUCAUGAGGAUAAAGUAUUAGUGACAAAUGAAGAUUUCCUACCUGUAAUUGAAGUCGAUGAAACUUAUCCCAGUUGUAUUUAUAAUGAUUUUCAUUGGUUAAUGAAAAUUGCAUGCACAUGGGACGAUGUUAAAUCACUUCGACAGGAUAUGGAAAAAAGUCACACGAGUUCGACGAAUCAUUUUAGAAUAAAAUUACUUCAAGCGGCAUCACAAAUGCAGGCGGCAUUGUGUACACAGGACCUAGGGCAACUCUAUUAUAAACCAAUUCGAGAUAUUCAAGGCACGUUAGUAUUUACGACGAUAAACUAUGUGAAAACGCCAAAGUUGGUUUCUGUUUUAAAUAGUCGUUGGUUACCGUUGAGUAAAGUGACAAAAAAAAUUAUAACACACGAAGACAGUAAUGUGGCUGAUAUUCUCAUGGCCAGUAUACAGGAACAAAUAACUUAUCAUCAAGUCAGUAGUAUUAAAUUAUCCCGAGGUCUUUAUCUCGGUUAUUUGAAAAUGCAAAGUAGCGUUGAUCUUAUUCAAGUUGUUGUGCCAGUUAAAUCGCCAAAUGUUUUGCCGCAUUGUAAAAUUCGAGACAAUCCUCAUGUCUCUGCUGAAGAGUGGGAGUAUUUGAAGAGAAUGACGCGAAUUCAGGCUUCGUCGACAUCAACUCUUCAGGACGAGGAGGAGAAAGAGAAUGCUUCGAACGAAUCACAGGGUACAGAACAACAGAAGCAAUUUAUUGACAUUGUCUCGGCAACGGCGAAACGUCUAUUCAAUCAUAUGGAAAUUAAUCCGGAUGAUUCGCUCGUACAUCGGCUAUACGAUGCAGAAGUUGUUGAUUUAACUCACGAUGUGUCAUUCCUCAUUACUGUACCACCAGCAGAAACUGCAUGUUUAGUUCCCGGUACGAGGGAAAUUUUACUUCAACGUGGUGAUCUUCUAUCGUUGCCAAUUCAAGUUUUUGAAAUGGUUCACCUGACAACUUAUCAAAAGGAAGUGAUAAAUCGUUAUUCAAGAAUGAGUUGUAUUUUAGAAUUGGAUACAGCACAAGCGCAACAUAAUCAACGUGAAGCAUUCAGUACAUCUGAAUUAAAUAUCGCAAAAGAUAAAUUAAUGAGACUUCAGGAUCUUCAGACACAAAUGAAUACUGUUUGGAAAGGAGCACGAUGGCUCGUUGAUGUCAUUACAUUUGCACGAGACAGAGGAUCAACAUUGUCAAAUGCUCAAUCAGCGGGGAUUUGCAUGAAACACCUGUUGAGUUUGGAUAGAAAUAAAAACAGUGGCAACAGUCUAAAGAGAAGUCUCCUUCAACUACCCCCAAGAGAUCCCAAACUUGUUAAAUCAAGUCCAGGAAGAGGCAGUUGGCCAGGUCCCAAUAUCACAAAUUCCUCGUCGAAUUUAUUGACAACUGAAUUUAGUAAAAGUGAACAACAAUUGCCAAGUAGUCAAUAUAUUCGUAAAGGUAGUGAUACAUCGAAUAUUUCAAGUGACACAGAACAAGUAAAAACAUCUCUUCCAGUGAGCAGUACGAGUAAUAGCAAUAAUAAUAAUAAUAAUAAUAAUAAUAAUGCAAAUCAUCAUUUAAUUCCAUUACAAAAUGUUAGACUUCCACCGUCCAAAUCAGAGGAUACACUUUUAUUGGCAAAAUAUAAACAAAGUCCAAGAAAUCGAUCGGUUACAGUGACUUCUGUUUCAGCUAGUACAAGUCCAUUAUUGAGUAUUAAACCAAUGAUGUAUGGUGGUUCUUUACUCAGUGUUUCAACGGCUAUGACUAAUACGACAAGUCUUUUGAGUGUCAGUAAUAAUACAUCGGAUAGUAUGCAUUCAAUAAGUAGCGAUGAAUAUUCCACGCCAAAUUCAAGUGUUUGCAUAAAAGCAGGACAUGCAAAAAUAAAAUCAACAAAACCUACUGCUAGUGUUGCUGCAAUGGCUAGUUCAACGAUGGAUAGUCAUCAUCAUGAUGAAGAGAAGGAUGAAGCUACAAUGAUGCCUGCACCGCUUCCUGGAAUUUUGCAGGUUUAUGCGGCCUAUGAAACUGGUUUAGCAUCCGGGACAAGUUUAAAGUUACAUGUAACCCCAAGAACCACAGCCAGAGAGGUGGUUGACUUAGUAGUGAAACAGCUCAAUAUGGCCGUUAUGUUGAAAGGCCAAGAAGGGCCAAUUUAUACAUCCGACGAACUACCGAACUUUUGUCUAGUUGCCGUUAUUGGUGCACGAGAACGAUGCCUCAGGGAUGACUUUAAACCCCUUCAACUUCAAAAUCCAUGGAAAAAAGGACGACUUUAUGUUCGGCAAAAACAAGAUGUUCUUGCUGCUUUAGAACACAGCAGUAAACAUACAACAUUUUUGUAGCAAAAAAAAAAAAAGAAUCCAAAAUUUUUAGAAAAUUGAACGAGUCUUGAAAAAAUUUAGAAUAUUUUUUUUAUUUUAUUUUUUUUUCUUGAAAUUUUCUAUUUUUCUAUAAAAAUUAUUCAAUUUUAGUAUAUUUUGACAUACUCUCUUAUUUCUUUUAUAUCUCAACAGAUAAUUCUAGAUUAAAUCCUAUUUAUAUAGAGAAAAAUUAAAUUUUAAAUAUUUUAAAAAUUAUCUAAUAAAUUUUUGAUCCUAAAUAACAUAUCAAUAUUUCGGGUAUUGAAAACUAAAUUUCAAUUUAAAUUAUGUGCCUUGGUUUUCAAUAAUAACCCCCUUCCUCCAUUUUCGAGAAAAAACAAUUUUUUAAAUUAUUGAAAAUUAACAAGUUUUCACAAUUUUUGAAAAAUACCUUUUAGACUAUUAAAUUAUAAAACAUUUUAUUAGAUGGAAAUCAUUUUCUCGUCUUUUUAAACAAGACUCGUUCCUUUUUGGAAAUCGAUCGAUAAAAUAAUAUUGUAAAGCCACGAUAGUAUUCGAAAUUUGAGGCAUAAAAAGUACAUUCCACACGCGAUGAAUGGUGAUCAACAACGCUUCGAAAUUCGAAGUUUCGGAUUCUGUACUAUUUUUCGAAUGUUAGAUAGUUUGUAAAGAAAUUAUUAUAUAUAUAAAUAUAUAUAUAUAUAUAUAUAUAAAUAAUACUCAAAAUAUUUCAAUCUGUUAUAUAUUUUAGAUACUGAUCUCAAUGUUACGCGUUGUAUAAUGAGAAUGUGAUUCCUAAUAAACGAUAUCUGAUCGCGCGAUAAAUUCUUUUCGAUCAGAUUGAUAUUUAGAGAGAAAAUAAAAAAGAAUAAUUUUUUGUUUACGGAGCCACUUAAUUUUUUUUCUUGACUUACAACAUUAAACGCUCAAUUAAGAAAGUUUACGAUAAUUUCCGAACAACGAUAAGCUUCUUCCAAAACUCUUUACUCAAUUAUUCUCAAUUAAAAUUUUUUAAAAAAGGGAAUUUUUUUUUUCAUAAAUAACAAAAUUCCCUAAUUAAAAGAUUUUAAUGGAAAUUUUUUAGUCAAUUUUCUGCUUAUACGAUUUUAGGCUUGGAAUAAAAAAAUAAAAACAAUUUUCGUAAUGGUGCUCCCAGUUUUUAAAUUUUUUAAAUUUUGAUUUUAAAAUGUGUAUAAUGUACGCUUAGAAUGUUGCGUGAGAAUAAUUGAUAUAGCUUACAAGAAAUAUUUGUGAAAAUGGGGCUUAUAGACUGCUUUAGGCUAGUGUAUGACUGUUAUUACAAUUAUUUAAAGUCAAGAACGUUCAAUGCUAAAAUAUUACUUGAAAUACAUAUAGCAUAUUUGUUAA